AUUCUUUUCUUAGAACUCCUGCUACAAACUGGUAGCUGUUUAUUCUCUCCGCCUACCUCGUCCUGUUGACACUCAGCCAUAGUCAUGUCUUUCGCUGACGUUGAUGAGAUUUUCGGCGCAGAAGAUGUUCGACCUGGUUAUGACAUGCUCAAAAAGCGUUACGACGCCGGCGAGAAUUCAUCCGAAUUGCUUUGGAGACUUGCCAAAUUCUGCCACGAACUAGCUGCGCGCACGAGUGAUAAAGGAAGGAAAAAGGAGUUGAUUUUCGAGGGAAAAUCUUACGCUCUGGAAGGUUAUCAAGCGAAUGAAGAUGAUUUUCAAGCACUAAAAUGGGCAGCCAUCAUGACAGGGAAAUCUACUGAUUAUCUAGGCACUAAGCAACGUAUCGAAGAAGGAGGAAAGUUUAAGGAACUCCUCGAUAAAGCCUUAGGAAUGGAAGCCAGAGAAUUUACUCUGCUACAUAUGCGAGGAAGAUACUCCUACUCAGUUGCUAGUCUCUCCUGGUUUGAGCGGAAGGCUGCUGCUGUUUUUUAUGCUACGCCACCUUCAGCUACCAUGGAUGAAGCUCUGGUUGAUUUCCUAGCCGCUGAGGAAGAAAAGCCCGAGUGGAUAGAAAAUCUCAUCUACAUUGUUCGUAUUUACUAUGCAAAGAACGACAAGGAAAAUACGAAGAAAUACUGCAAUAAAUUGCUUGCUCUUACGCCGACAGACGAAGAUGAACGUGAUCGACUGGAUGAAGCGAAGAAAAUACUAGCCAAGUGCUAAAACGGGUUUUAUACGCAUUUUGUUUUCUGUACCAUACCAAGAUUAAAUAUUUUGCAUGUUUUUUACAUGGCAACAUCAAAGUGC